AUGGAGAUCCAUGGCAUUGAGUUUGUAACAGUCACCCCUUUAUGGCCACAGGGCAACUCAGAAGCGGAGUCAUUCAUGAAACCAUUGCUUAAGUUCAUUCUAACAGCUCGAACAGAGGGUCGAAAUUGGAAAAAAGAAUUAUUCACCUUCCUCUUGAAUUAUCGAGCGACUCCCCACAGCACCACAAAAGUUGCCCCAGCCGAACUCCUGUUUAACAGAACAAUUCGCACCAAGUUACCACAACAAUACACUCCAUCAAAACCUAUCGACAAGCAUAUCAAGGCAAAAGAGAAUGAUCACAACUCCAAAAGUCAAAUGAAAAGGUAUACUGAUCAGGCGAGGCACACAAAGAAGACUCUGAUUAACGUUGGUAAUUUGGUUAUAUAUAAACAACAAAAGAAGAACAAAUUUUCAACAGAAUGCAAUCCAGCGCCUUACAAAGUGAUUAAAGUCCACGGUGCAACAAUAACAGCCCAACGACACUCUCAUCAAAUUACCAGAAACAUAUCCUAUUUCAAACGUCUUAACCUUGCUGAAAUAGAGCGACAAUACAAUCUUGAUGAUCAACCGUCACAUGAAGAAGAGGAUGAGAUAGUAAGAAACGAACAGGAUCAAGAAAACGGAGAGGAGGCAAGAAGGUACCCUGCAAGGGAUAGGCAACGAACAAACUUUUAUCAUGAUCCAGACUCGGCAAUUCUCAGUCAUUAA